ACAACUGACGUCGUUGAGAUGGCCAGCUUGCUUAGUCUUUUGUCUACUGUUUAGCAUUGCGUGCGCGCGCUCGAAUCUCUGUCGGCUUAGAAGUUACGUACUUAAUUAGCAUUCGACUGAAUAAACAGUGUAAACAGUAAUUACUCGAUUUAAUUGGUGCUAAUUGACUCAGUGGCCAGUGUCAACAAGGACAGAUCAUCAAAUCAACAAGGGAGAACCCAACCCCAUCAUCUCCAGAAGAUAAAAUAGUUAACCAUCCGAAAAACGCAGUGAGUCCAACAAUCUAAAAUGCUAAUAGUCUUCAGGCCAGAUACAGAAACGAUUUAGUACUGAAAUAACCGAAAUGCAGACUUCAACUGAAUCUCCGAAUGUUCUAGCAUUAGAAAAAAACGACAUGUGUCCAAAAACGCCCGAUUUGAACCAAACGCAACUGAAUUUAGCGACUGCUAUGCUCCAGGAGAACCUCAUACAAAGAUCCAUCCAGAACGUGGCUUUAUCCUUGCAAAGUGCCAUGAUGAAUUCCCUUCAACAAGCAGCAUUGCUACCAGCAAACUCUGCAGCUGCAGCAGCCUUGAAUCUGCAAGCCUUAGAAUCUUAUUUGACCUUACAAAGAUUGACCACUGUGUCAGCGAACGUUAACAACAAUGGAAACAGAAUAGAUAUCUUAAAGAUAGCCGCUAGUACAGCGAAAAUUUCUGAGGAAACUGUGAGUAACAGUGAAGAAGCCACCAAUACAAGCCUAACAGAAGACGUUGAAUUAUCCGAGGAAGUUGAGGAAGAUUUAGCCCUUUUAGACAGCGACGAAGGCUUGAGCAGUUUUUCGAUAGGAUCUCCAGUUGAUACGUCUUAUCCAAGUUUGAUCAUGAAUUCCAUCUACCAAACCUCAACCGCUCCCAGUACCGUUUCAUCAUCCACAAACACCUCUAUAUCUUCCUCUACCAACGUAGUAACUCGACAAAAAAGUUCUUCAAGGCCCAAGAAGCAAUUCAUCUGCAAAUUUUGCAACCGACAGUUCACCAAGAGCUAUAAUUUGUUGAUUCACGAAAGGACCCAUACAGACGAAAGACCGUAUUCUUGUGACAUAUGCCAGAAAGCCUUCAGGAGACAGGAUCACCUCAGGGAUCAUAGGUACAUCCACAGCAAGGAGAAACCCUUCAAAUGCACAGAGUGCGGCAAAGGUUUCUGCCAGUCGAGGACCCUGGCCGUCCACAAGAUCCUCCACAUGGAGGAGUCCCCCCACAAGUGCCCGGUGUGUUCCAGAUCCUUCAAUCAACGAUCCAACCUGAAAACGCACCUUUUGACCCACACAGACAUAAAGCCCUACAACUGUUCCGCCUGUGGGAAGGUGUUCAGGAGAAACUGUGAUCUCAGGAGGCAUAGCCUGACCCACAACCUGGGCACUGGUGGCUCUAACUCGACCGCCGCAGCUCAAAACCAGAAUUUUACCAUCGAUUCCCUAAUGAGCAAGGCUAGUGGUAGUAAGUAGGCAGGAAAACGUAUUGUAUAAUUGUGAAAGUGCAAUUAGUUAGGCGCAUUGUGUAAUUGUUCGAAAGUACGGUUCUGCUGUUGAUUUAUGUAUCCAUGAAGUUCCUUCAACUGUCGGCGAUCUCCUCGGAAAA